AUGGGCCCUGUGAGCCAGGAUGUCAACACGAUUGGAAAGACGACUACCGAUAUAUCCGACUCUUCAGCAGAGAAGGCCUUUGGAUCGACACAGCCGUCGUUGCUCUACGACUGUGCUGUUCCUUCUGGCAGCAAUGGAAGUAGAUUUCCCAGCAGGCAAUGUAGCACUUCGCCACGUCCACAACCAAGCAUCGUCAUCCGGGAAGCUUCACAAGCCCCACCAAACCUAGGACUGGCCCUCAAGCUUCCCAUAAAGUCAUUCCAAUCCCACCUCAACCCGCCAAACUCCCUCAGGCAGCCACAUUCCUCCCCUCACUUAGCACUACCUCUCUCCCCGCUUGAACGCAUAUCCCAGAAGCAGGCCUGCUCCAUCCCAUCCUCAGCAUAUGACCGCGCUCUCGAGAUGGAGCUCCGUCGCUCGGAAUGGAAACAUGCGAUCUAUCAUUUCCCCGUCAGAGGAAAAGAGAGCUGGGUAAUUGACACCGAUCUGACGGAGAGCAGCCACGCACGGCUGGCUGAGGUGGCGAGGCGCAGCGGGGAGGGGUUCACGUUCAAUGGGGAUAUGGAUGUUGCGAGAGUGUAUGAGGUUUUGAGUUGUGAGCAUGAGAGAAUUAGGGAACUAAUGAGGAUUGAGAGGAAGGCUGCUGCUGCUGAUGGUUUCACGAGGGAGAAGGCGUCUGUGCAGUGA